GAGACCUGUCAGAAGAGUUCAACCGGGUAAAGAGAGACACGGGAACCGACCAUGGACAAGGCUAAAACUAAACUUAAACUGUAUUUCCCGCACUUAACGUGAUUUCGUUCGCUUUUAAUCCGACAUAAUCUGGAAAUCAUGGAGCGCGCGGAGCCAAAACCGCCGUGCAAAGCUAACCAGGAGCCCAUACGGUUUGGGAUCGACCAGAUUUUGGGGUCUGCGGAACCAGAGAGCAGCCGAUUAGGAAGUCCGAGCAUUGCUCCUCAUGUCCCUCAUUCCGGCUCUCUGUCCGGGCUCUCGCUGGAGGAGUCCGGCCGGGUGUUCGGGGUGAGCGGCGCGCUGCUGCCCGGCGGAGUGAUUCGGGUCCCAGCGCACAGACCGCUCGCUCCCGCCUUGAUGAGCGCGGCCCCGGCGCUGUGCUUCCCUUGGAUGGACAAUAACCGCAGGUUCCCCAAAGACAGGCUGCCAGCUCUCAUUCCGUUCACCGUGACCCGGCGGAUCGGUCACCCGUACCAGAACCGAACUCCGCCCAAACGGAAAAAGCCCCGCACGUCGUUCUCGCGGGUGCAGAUCUGUGAGCUGGAGAAACGCUUUCACCGGCAGAAAUACCUGGCCAGUGCGGAGCGCGCGGCCCUCGCCAAGAGCCUGAAGAUGACGGACGCGCAGGUCAAAACCUGGUUCCAGAACCGCAGGACCAAGUGGAGAAGGCAAACGGCUGAGGAACGGGAGGCGGGGCGUCAGCAAGCCAAUCGGAUGCUGCUUCAGCUGCAGGCCGACGCCCUCCAGAAGUCCAUCAGCGAAUCUGUGUCGUCGGAUCCUCUGUGUUUGCAUAACUCCUCCCUCUACGCCCUGCAGAACCUCCAGCCCUGGGCUCAGGAGAGAACCGCAAAAAUGACCAGCACCUGAAACACUGCUGGAGCCAAAACCAUCAGCUUCACACUCACUGCCCUGAAAACUGACAACAAACAGACUGGAUAUGAAUAUUCAUUUUGUGAGGAGCCCUUUUUGUGGAAACAACACCGAACACAUUCCCCUUUUUUUAAAUCCAGUGGGAAACAAUCACUGCCAGAAGAUCUGUAAAUACAGUCCAGGCGUCUGAUGUUUACUACUAUUAUUUUAAUUUACAUAGAAACCUUCUUAAAAGUGAACUUACAGCAGAAUACAUGUUAAUUUAUUUAUUAAUGGUAUUGAUAUGAGGAUUUAAAUGCAGUCAAUAUUUAAGUUAACCCUUGUGUAGUGUUCAAAUUGACUCCCCUUUGGUUAUGUUGGUGCCUGUUUUUGCCCCAUUGACUUCCAUUAUAAGGACAUGUUUUGAUUGCAAAGCCAUGACAGCAUAUAAUCAUGCAUUCCUGAUUGUUGCUGGUUUUACCUGUUGACAAGAGGUACAAUUUGCCAUUUUCAUUGUUGAUCAUCAGUUGUCAGCAUUGACCCUUUAGAUAGUUAGGCCUGUGCAAAUAAGUGUCUGGAUUUUAUAUGGAGUUCAGUGGAGUAAAACAGCAGAUUAUAGAGUGUGUGUGCGCAGAAAUACACUGUGUUUACUGUGUUCUGAAAGCUGAACUGCUUAUAACAGACAUAUAAGGAUAAGUGUGCAAAGGUCACUCGCUCACACACUCACACACACACACACACAUACACUAUACUUCAUAUAAAAGCCAGAAACUAAGCUUUUUUUGCUCUGCAACUGAUGAUAAAUAGUAAAAAUGACAAAUGUUUACCUUUUCCCUAAAGGGAAAACCACCAAAAAUCAAGAAUGCAUGAUUAUAUGCUGUCAUUGAUUAUAAUGGAGAUCAAUGGGGUAAAAACAGCCCCUAACAUAACCAAAGGGCAGUCAAUUUGCCCAUAGUAUUGUUGAGUUCUUGAAAAAUGUCAAAGCAUUUUCCCAAAAUAUGUGUCAAAAUAAGAUUUGUCAGCUAAAAAUCAUUAUAUUUGCUGAAACACAGAGAAAAUCAUGGCCAAAGUAGGCCUAAAAACACCCAGGAGUGGAUGAAAACAUCCUCAACAGCACACAAGGGUUAAAUAUGUUUACACAGAGUUUACAUCUGCGCACAUUCUCUCAUAGGGUUUGUUUUUAUUAGAUCACAACUUUAGCGUUGGAGUUAGCAUGCACAAUUCAAUUCAUUUUCCUUCAGCUAUUUAUCAGGCAUCGCCACAGUGGAAUGAACCGGCAACUAUGCAUAUGUUUUACGCAGUGGAUGCCCUUCCAGCCGCAACCCAGAACAAUUCAGUUCAUCCAAUUUCACCAGGACUUGACCUAUAUGUGUUUGGACUGUGGGGGAAACCAGAGCACCGGGGAGGAAACCCACGCCAACACGGCGAGAACAUGCAAACUCCACAAGGAAUGCCAACUGACCCAGCUUGGAUUCGAAUCAGCGACCUACUUGCUGUGAGGUUACAGUGCUGACCACUGAGCCACCGUGUCACCCUAUAGGUGAAUUGAAUGAACUAAAUUGGCCAUAGUAUAUGUGUGCGAAUAUAUGGAUGUUUUCCAUUACUGGGUUGCAGCUGGAAGGGUGUGCAAAACAUAUGCUGGAAUAGUUGGCGGUUCAUCCCACUGUGGCGACCCCUGAUGAAUAAAGGGACUAAGCUGAAGGGAAAUGAAUGAAUGAAUAUCUUAAAAGUUUAUUUAUUUAACCGAGCGGCUCCAAUAUUAAAAGUAAACAGAUUUAGUAAGUGAUUUUUAUACGACAAUCAAAAUCAAAACUUCUUCAUUUUCUCAACAAAACAACUCAAAACGGGCAGAAACCUAUGUACGCCACAUCCUAAAAGUUGUGAUCUAUAAAAAAACUACGUUGACGUGCGCAUGCUGUAAAUAAAACAUUUACACGCUUAUAAAUGAGACCCCAGAAGAUGUCUGUAAAAAAGUCUACAUGUCAUGAAAGCAAUGGUAAAUAUUUUGUGCUACUCUGGUGUCGAUGCUUUACUGACUAAUGUUUGUCGUUGUUUAUUAUGUGCUUUUAUCGGGAGGAGUAACGGUGUGUAAAUACAACACUGCACAAUCAGCGUUAGGCAUCGGAAGUUUUAUUGUUAAAUAAUUUAUACAACAUUUGAACAAGAGGAUAUGGAAGCGUCUCCUGCAUCCGUCUGUCUCU